CCUUUAUCUAAAUUUUAUUAGGUAGUUGUUAGCUUGGAUCAGAUUUAUCUUCCAUCGACAUGGCCAUUACUUGGUUUGAAUGGUUUUGGCUGCCGGAAGGCCUUACCUGGUCAGAUUUGGAAAAAGUCGAAGGCAGUAACUAUGAAGUUAGAGAUUUUAUCGCCCAUUCUUUUUUAACUGGAGUCCUGAUGCUGAUUUUUCGAAACCACAUUGUUCUGCCCAGUGUCCUGCGGCCAUUAGGCCUACGUCUAGGGAUUCGUUCUAAGCCAUAUGACGCUCCUUCUCCAAACCCUGAGUUGGAAAUUCUCUUUAAAAUCAACAGGGCUCGGCCUCCAAGGCUGAGAAUUGUAGAAACCAGUAAAAUCAUUGGCUGGACUGAAAGGAAAGUCGAGCGAUGGCUACGACAGAAGACUUUGUCCACACAAAUGACGACCUUGGAGAAGUUUGAAGAAUGCGGCUGGCAAUGCAUAUUUUACUCGUGUUUCUCGAUCUUCGGACUCUACGCUGUAGCAUCCAAAGAAUUUUUCUGGGAACCCGAGAAAGGCUGGAAAAGUUAUCCUUUCUUUUACGUCACCCACGACCUGUGGUGGUAUUGUGUAAUUGACUGCGGGUUUUAUUUGACACAAACUUAUCUCCUGUUGGUGCAGGAUCGUCGACAUGAUUUCUACCAAAUGUUGUGUCAUCACAUCGCCUGUUUUCUGGUGGGGGUUUCCUGUAUGGCCCUACGAGCUGUCCCUCUACUGGCACUUGGAAUCUUCUUGCACGAAUUUGUUGACAUUCCUUUGUGCAUUUCCAAGAUGAUUCAGUAUGCAGGUAGGAAUGACCAAGGUGAUAUUUUCGCCAUUAUCUUCACAGUCGUAUGGGUGUGCUCCCGUAUCAUUGCAUACCCUCUCAGGGUAUUGAUACCUGCGUACAAAGCCACCCAAAUAAUCGGGACAAGCUUAUGGCUGGGGCUGUUGUGGAGCCAGAUAUGUUCCACAGUGUUCUUCGUUUUGAAUAUUUUAUGGACCUUUGAACUGGCAAAAGCCAUAAAGAGGAAACUAACUUGUUCUGCCCAUAUCACCGACGGACGUUCAUCGCAAGAGGAAAUGUCCGAGGAUGAGACCGAACGAUCACGAUUAGAAGAAACUAAGUUAAAAGGAAUUGUGAAUAGAGUUCAUGCGACGCCUGACAUCACAUGCAGGGGUUGACUGGUGCGGAAAGCUCAUCCUCUAUAUUAUUUGAAUGUAUUGUAAAUUUAAGAAGCCAUUGAAAGUGUGAAGGUGAUUGAAUCUUGAUGAUUACUAAUCGCAGCUUACUGCCUUGUAUUUUCUUAGCUCAAGUUUUAAUAUAAACUAACCUACCGGUAUAUUAGGUUUAAAUUUUCACCUACUACAAUUGUAUAGUUAUGUUCUUAAUACACAUAUUGUCAAUUUGACUUCGGUAUCUAAACUUCACAAGAUUAUUAUUUCAUGACCACUUUUUAUUGGAAUAAAUUG